GUGCGGAAACAGGCGGAAUGAUCCCUAAAAGCUGGCAGCAUCAGCGGACAACCGAGACCAACACAGACACAGACCAGCAUAUCUUAGAAAUAGGCUACUGUCCACACAGGACUGAAGAGAUGGGGGACAAAGCGGGUACCAGAGUCUUUAAGAAGUCCAGUCCCAACUGCAAGCUCACAGUUUAUCUAGGGAAGCGAGACUUUGUUGAUCACUUAAACCACAUAGAUCCAGUAGACGGAAUGCUUCUUGUAGACCCAGAGUAUCUGAAAGAUCGAAAAGUGUUUGUGACUCUGACCUGUGCGUUUUGUUACGGUCGGGAGGACAUUGAUGUCCUGGGCCUUUCCUUCCGGAAGGAUCUAUACGUCAGCACCGUCCAGGCCAUCCCUCCUCUGCAGGAGAGAAAGAAGCCUCUGAGCCACCUGCAGGAGAGGCUGCUAAAGAAGCUGGGUCAGCAUGCCUACCCCUUCAACUUCACUAUCCCCCAGAACCUGCCUUGCUCAGUGACCCUCCAGCCAGGCCCAGAGGACACUGGGAAAGCAUGUGGUGUGGACUAUGAGCUUCGAGCAUUCUGUGCCAAGACUGUGGAGGAGAAGAUCCACCAAAGGAACUCGGUGCAUCUGGUGAUCAGGAAGGUUCAAUACGCCCCAGAGAAGCCAGGUCCACAGCCGAUGGUGGAGACCAGUCGCAGCUUCCUGAUGUCAGAUAGAUCUCUACACCUUGAGGCCUCACUGGAUAAGGAGCUGUACUACCAUGGUGAGCCCAUCAGUGUCAAUGUCCAGGUCACCAACAACUCCACUAAGACUGUCAAGAGGGUGAAGAUAUCUGUUCAUCAGUAUGCUGAUAUCUGUCUGUUCUCCACGGCUCAGUAUAAGUGUCCAGUUGCCCAGGUUGAAGAAGAUGACCAGGUUUCUCCCAGCGCCACCUUCUGCCAGGUCUACACUCUGACCCCUAUGCUGGGUGUAAACAGGGAAAAGAGAGGCCUGGCCCUGGAUGGAAAACUAAAGCAUGAAGACACUAACCUGGCCUCCAGCACCAUAGUAAAAGAAGGGACCAACAAGGAGAUGAUGGGCAUCCUGGUUUCCUACAGAGUCAAAGUCAAACUGGUAGUGUCUCGUGGAGGGGAUGUAGCAGUGGAACUUCCUUUUGUCCUGAUGCAUCCCAAACCUACAGACCAGCCCAGCUCCCAACCACAGUCAGUUGCUCCAAAGGCUGAUGCUCCUGUGGAUACAAACCUCAUAGAGUUUGACAUGCAUACUUCUUCUCAGGUUGACGACUUUGUGUUUGAAGACUUUGCUCGCCUGCGGUUAACAGGGAUGAAGGAUGACAAGGAUGAGGAUAAACCCUUCAGUUAGCUGCUCCUCCUUCACCAGCAGAGUUACUUGUCUGAGUCGAAGGUUACACGCAACUCAACCCCAGAACCCAAGAAGAAGAAGAUGAACAGACAGCCAGACUUGUGAGGACAACCUCCUAAGUCUUGCCACAUGCUUUAAUUGUACUAUUUACUCUGUAUGGACUACUAUACGUCUCAUCUUAAGGAGCAGUCAACAAACUAAGAAAUCUGCUGUUUGCUGUCUUACAUAUAUAGACCUAUCAUUAUAUUGAUGAUAGGUCAGUUGUUGUAUUCAGGUAUCAGUGAAUAACAUUAGCAAUAACAGAGGAACCUCUAACUUUUACUGCUUUCUAUUGAUUUGCCCUUAACCUCUUUAUAAUGAAAUAAAUUUAACGCAUGUUUAUAUCUGGAGCAGAACAAGCUAGAGGGCAGUGUUAAAUGAAUAAACAGGUAUUAUUUUAA